UGCCACUCGGGAAUUGUUCCGCACGCGGCCUUCCGGCCCGCAGGCGCGCGGGGCUCGCCGGGGCACUCUGCUGAGCCCGCUUCACCGGCCCGCUCUCCGUGCCUCUAACAUCCUGUCACUCCGCGGUUCUGACUGUCGCCGGACCCGGAGGCUCCGCGCCUUCCGAGAGUGCAAACGCGCUUGCUUCGGUGCUGGUGCUGCGGAGGGCUCUUCUGUGCAGGCCUGGUUGGUCUCCAAAGUGACUGAACAAUGCAGAAGGACAGUGGCCCCCUGGUGCCUUUACAUUAUCUCGGCUUCGGCUAUGCAGCCCUGGUUGCUACUGGUGGGAUUAUUGGCUAUGCAAAAGCAGGUAGUGUGCCGUCCCUGGCUGCUGGACUGUUCUUUGGGAGCCUAGCAGGCCUUGGUGCUUACCAGCUGUCUCAGGAUCCCAGGAACGUGUGGGUUUUCCUAGCUACAUCUGGGACCUUGGCUGGCAUCAUGGGCAUGAGAUUCUACAACUCUGGGAAAUUUAUGCCUGCGGGUUUAAUCGCGGGUGCCAGUUUGCUGAUGGUUGCCAAGCUUGGAAUUAGUGUGCUGAGUUCUCCCCAUCCAUAGUAGCCACACCCCUGCUCGGGCUCACGAAGAAUUGAAACUCUCCAAAAGUCCACAUUUAUAAUGUCUGAAGAAAAAAUGCAGCAUAUUUACACAUUCUGACAUUUUACAAACAUAACCCGAGCUCCCUGAGGUAGAGGAUGAGAUUUCACCCGGGUGGCAGGUGUUGAACCUGAGACCAGCUGCUGCCUUCAUUCUUGUGUGAUGACAUCUCACCUUUCUGUACUAGUAAACAAGGGGUAAAAUGUUGGGUGUCAACACAGGGGGCCCCGGAGCCACAUGUCCUGCCCGGAAGUGUGUGAAACCUCUUGGUGACAUUUGUGAUGUGGGAUCUUUUGCGUAGGUCUACUAUGAAAUUAUGUCGCAAUGAAAUACCGGUGAAAAUAAAGUUUGCUAUGAAGAACA